AGAGGCUUUUUUUUCCGGGGUGAAAUUAGAUUCACUGCUGGUUACAAACACGCGAUAAUGACAUUGAAACAUAGUGUUUUUAUUUCAGCUUUUUCACGUCACUUUCUUUCCAGCCCAAUAUAGUUCUUCAGUGUCUGAAAUAUUACGUAAAAUCCAAGCGGAAACGAGGCAAAGGAUGUCUUUGCCAUGUGUGCGUCUUUGCACUCAACAUGUGGCCAAAGGGCUUCAGGUCUGUGGUUACGCAUCACUCAGUAAAGCCUCCAGGCCACAGGAAAAAAGUAACGAUGGUCCAAUUUUUCAGUAUGUGGGCCAACACAGAAAGCCGAACCACAAAGUGUUUGUGUGGGGCUUUAGCUUCACUGGAGCAUUGGGCAUCCCCAGCUUUGUCAUACCGGACAGUGGAAGAAAGAAGCCCCGCAAAUACCAGCUCAAUCCUUAUCGCCUGGAGACCGCAGAGCAGAUUUCCUCUGCUGCCUGUGGUUACGGUUUCACACUCAUCGCCUCCUCUACCAAAGAUGUAACUAAAUUAUGGGGUAUGGGCCUGAACAAGGACUCUCAGCUGGGCUUCCAGCGAACCCAACACAGCCGCCAUCAGAGCUAUGAUUAUGUGUUGGAACCCUCUCCUGUGGCUCUGCCUCUUGUCGAGCCUUUGCAGACCAGAGUGGUUCAGGUGGCUUGUGGUCGAGCACAUUCCCUGGUUCUCACUGACAAAGAGGGAGUUUUCAGUAUGGGUAAUAACGCCUAUGGCCAGUGUGGAAGACGCAUCAUUGAAGAUGAAGUCUACAGUGGCAGCCAUAUAAUUCACAAGAUAGACGGCUUCGGCAGCAGAGUCGUCCAGGUGGCUUGUGGGCAGGACCACAGUCUGUUCCUCACUGAGACGGGGCAGGUGUAUGCAUGUGGAUGGGGUGCAGAUGGACAGACAGGUCUGGGGCACCACAAUGUCAGCUCCCAUCCAGUGGAGGUGGGAGGAGAUCUGAGUGGAGUGGAGGUUCAGCAGAUCAGUACGUAUGGAGACUGUAGCCUGGCCGUUUGUCGAGAUGGACAUCUGUACGGCUGGGGUAACUCUGAGUACCUGCAGCUGGCUUCGGUCACACAGUCCACACAGAUCAGCUCUCCUCAUCGUCUUCCUCUAAAAGGCUGUGGGAAGGUGGUUCAGGCAGCAUGUGGAGGUACACAGGUGGCCAUUCUCAACGACAGAGGAGAGGUGUUUGUGUGGGGAUAUGGCAUUCUUGGAAAAGGUCCAAAGCUGUCAGAGUCCUCAACCCCUGAGAUGAUCCCCCCCACUCUGUUUGGACGCUCUGAGUUUAACCCUUCAGUCGCCGUCACCAGGAUCCGCUGUGGCCUCAACCACUUCGCUGCAGUAACAGAUCGAGGCGAGCUCUUUGUCUGGGGGAAGAAUGUGAGAGGUUGUUUGGGCAUCGGCAAGAGAGAUGACCAGUACUUCCCAUGGCGAGUGACAGUACCGGGUCAGGUGGUGGAUGUAGCGUGUGGUGUCGAUCACAUGGUGGCGCUGGUGAAGUCCCUCCUCUGAGCUCCUGUUUUCGUCAGCAGCAGAUAAAAGGCUGCAUGUUUGGCCGGGCCUCCCGCUGACCAUCGGACGCCUCAGGGAGCCGAUCAAGGAUGCUCUGGAGUCUUGAAGCCAGCUGUUCUCUGCAGGAGAAGGACCCUAAUGUCCCUUCAUCCUGCAGUGACGUCAAGCCGCGACCAGAGCAGUGGAUUCUCAUUGUAUCCUGCACGAAGGGCAUGUGGGAGAGACAUUAAAGACUAUUCUGUUCCCUUUCAUUUUCACUGCACUGAACAGUGGUUUUAUCUGUUGUGCAGAAUAAUGCACAUCAUCACAAAAUGAAACCUGCUCCAUCUCUGACACCAAUGUAAGAUCAGUAGAAAAACAGACGUCUUAUUAAACCUGAAUUACACAGUUUUACAUUGUAUUCAUUGUAUUUACAGUGUAAUUAUCUCCUUCAGAGAUUAAAUGUGCAAAGUAUUUCAUACUUGGAAUAGAUGAGGUGGAAAAUAAAUGACAAACAUGCUGGUUGGCAAAUGUUUUCAAGCUAUAUGAUAAUAGUACAGUCUUACAAAUACUGAUUGGUUUAUGUACAUUACCACAAUACGUUUAUCAGUCUUAAACUAGAAGAAAUGAAAAGUUAAUGUACUCUAGUGUACAGUGUAUUGGUAUAAAAGUACAGACAUUUAUUUUAAUACUCAUUCUCUUAUUGAGUCAUAGAAUUUCACAUUUUGACCAAAUACUGUAUCUUGAAAACUAUAGCCAACUAGCCUUUGACUAAAUAUUCUUUAUUACCAACACACUUUAACUACACUUCAAUACUACUGGAAGCAUUUUGCUGAUAGACCUAGAAGGGAAAAAAUGUUAAUACGCUAAAAUACUGGCAUUUUGUUGCUACUAUUCGACAUUUUUAUAGCAAUUUUCCUUUCAAAAAAUUAAAAAGAACCAAACUCCUGCCUCUUAUUGCUGAUCCCUGUGGGACCUUAUUUUAGGGGAAAAAAAAGGAUUAGUCGAAUUUUUGAUCCUGUUUGAAUUAUGCCUCAUUUAUACAUGUUUGUCAGUUUAAAAGAUAAUUUUAGAAGUCAAGGAAGUUGCAGUUUGUUAUAAACUUGUAGAACCAUCAAACUGAAAAGACAUAAAUAUAAACACCCAGAAGUAGUGGAGGUGAUGUUAUCGUAACUGUCUACGAUCUGUUCAGAGGAUGUCUCGUACUGACCUUAACCUAAUAUUUUUUUCACCAAACUUAACAAUUGGGGUAAAAUGUGUCAUGUGGCCAAUUUGAUGUUGGUGACAUGAUCUUUUAAACUGACAUCAUACAACAUCACAUAUAAAUGGUGACAUUUCAAACCAGAUUAAAAAAUGACUUGUUUCUUUCCGUUGAUGCUGUUCCUAUUCUUUUCUGAAGUUUGGUCCCAUGGGACACAGCGGUAGGGGCUGGAUGUGGGCUCCCUUACAUGGUGCUUUACAAACAAAUCCACACUAUCAUAAUAUUGAGAUAAAGAUAUUAAUUGAGAUGUGGUUGAUUUUGAGUUUCUGCUGUAGAUAAAGGCAGCAGCAAAAUGUAUGAACAGACUAAAAGAAAAAAAGUAGGUCUGAUGUGUGCACUGUAUUUGAACACCAGCAGCUCAUGUAUUUGGGGAGUUCAAGGUUAAAUUACUGUUUUUGUUAAAAUGAGUGGUACAACUAUAGUCCCACAUCAGAAUUAGUGGUAGUGAAAACACGAAUAAUAGCACUUAAUUAAACUGAUUCUGAUUUAUUUAUGCAUGUAACAUUACUUCUCUUCCACAUCCGUACCCCUGUAGUAAUACACCGACUGAAGACAAGUACCUCAGACAACCCCACUUUGAAGAAUCCGAACAAGCCCUGAUUUGCAAAACCAAUCUACAAAAAAAAGGCAGGAACAGAAAAACAGUUAUAGAAUAUGAUAAUUUGUGCUCAACAAAUAGAGAUGAAGAAGGCACUCUCCCAGAGAAACAGUCAGAGGAAGCAAUUUUACAGAGCCUUAGUACUGAGUGUGUGGGUUCUGCAUAGAAAAAGCUCAUUAGAAGCAGCUGAAGUUUACAAAAAAAUACAGCAGACAAAUAGAUUUUGCAUUAGACGUUCUGACCUUUUCGAAUGAAUUCAUCGGCAGCAGAAAAACAAAAACCACUCAGACAGCAACAUCAUGACCAACAACCCCAAAGGACUGAUGUGUCGGACAUCAAAUUCUACAUGUUUUAGAGUCAUAAUUUGGUUUCAUUUGGGAUUAGAA